AUGGACACUAUUUCUCCAUUCUUCCGUUCACCGUUCACGGAUAUUACGGGUGGUAUGAUAGAUUUUCAGAUUUUGGGCCGUUGUGGGAAACAAGAAAUGGAUCUGAUGAACUGCAUCGAAGCUUAUGGCCUAGGUCGCGGUAUCAAGAAGUGUAAGGGCUACAUCGAUGACUAUGGAGAAUGUCGAACGCUUACAAAACAACUCAAACGUUUUUUGGCUAUACGCAAAGAACGGCAGAGGCAAAUAGCAUGCGGAAAGUUGACUGAUGAUAGGAAGUACGUAUCUCCUAGAGUCGACAGCUACUGA